AAUUUCUAUUCAGUACAUGAUAUCAUGUAGACCGAAGUAUGUUACCGUAUUAUAUCAUUCAGUUUUAAUCAAACAUUAGUGAUCAAACAAGCAUCUAAUUGCAGCCUGACUAAUUCGAUAUUUAUUAUGGCGAAAUUUAAAUUUUUUACAUUUUUGUUACUUCAACUCAAGCUUUUUGCCCAAGGGCAAUAUACGGACGGACCAGAGGUUUUAACCAAUCCAAAUUUUGAGAAUGACUUCGGAACUUCUGAUUGGUUUUGUAAUGGAUGUACUGUUGAUAGAACUAGCGAAGACAAGGUCGAAGGACAAUAUAGUGCUCGAAUCACAAACAGGCGUGCAGGGUGGGCUGGAAUAGCUCAAAAUGUGAACCUCGCUGCAAAUACAAGAUACGCAGUCUCUGGACAUAUCAAAUUGUUAAAUAACGUUUCGACACACCUUUAUCAUCGAGUCCAGUAUAGGGUCAAUAUUAACAACGGCGGUCAGAAUAUUGCGGUCGGCAGGCUUCCUAAUCUUAGGCAGGCUCAAGGCUGGCAGAAAAUAGGAGGAGAUUUCAUAACACCAGCAACAGUCACUUCAGCUAGAAUAUAUAUUCAAAUCCCGGAACCUGAGAUCAACUAUUUAUUUGACAAGACCUCUCUAAAAGAAGUUAUUCCCGACAAGGAUUGGGUAGAUAAGGCGAAUAAAAGAAUCGAAGCGAUUAGAAAGGGAGAUGUCGCAAUAAGAUUGAACAUAACCGAUGGAACAGUCAACCCUGCCACUGUAAAACUGGAGGUUAGGCAAAAACGGCAUGAAUUUGCGUUUGGAACUGCAGUUAAAGGCAAGUUGAUCAAUGGAACAGAUUCCGGCACUGCAACUGCGGAAAAGUACAGACAAUGGUUCUACGAUAACUUUGAAUGGGCUGUUAUUGAAAAUGAUCUAAAAUGGCGUAUUAUGGAAUGGACACCUGGUAAUAUUAAUUAUGCUCGAGGUGAAGCACCAGUUGAUACCAUUCUUGCCAGAGGUAUACCAGUCAGAGGCCAUUGCGUAUUUUGGGGAGUGGAUCAGUCGGUACCAGAUUGGCUAAAAGAGUAUAAUGGCACCCAAGUCCGUCGAGAAAUGACACGUAGAGUUAAUGGAGUGGUAGAUCGCUACCGGGGAAGGUUGGCCCACUGGGAUGUUUAUAAUGAAGCGCUUCAUGGGUUCUUCUUUGAGGACAAAACACGAGAUGUAAAUAUAAUCCUCGAGAUGUUUAGAGAGACAAGAGAAGUCGAUCCUGGAGUCAAGUUAUUCCUGAACGAUUACGCAGUAUCUAGGGAAGGUAUUUUAACCCAGGCUUACGCAAACCAAGCUGAAUUCUUGAAAGGUAACGGAUAUGACAUUUCCAUUGGCGUACAGGGUCAUUAUAAGACUGGAUUCGCCCCUGACAUCCAUUUGAUCGCCAAAAGAAUGGAUAUUCUUGCUGGGGUGAGUGUCCCUGUUUGGAUAACUGAAAUGGAUGUGGAGAAUACGAACCGGGAUGUGCGAGCAGCAGACUACGAGAAACUAUGGCGAUUUAUGUUUUCUCAUCCAUCCGUCGACGGGAUCAUGCUGUGGGGAUUCUGGGACCAGGCGCAUUCUAAACCACAAGCUGCUCUUGUCGAGGGCAACGACUUAACCCCAAAUGCUGCUGGUUUAGCUUGGCAGAGGGUGACUCAAGAAGAAUGGAGUACAAACCAAGAUCUUUCGCCAAAUGGUGCUGUCCAAACCUUUAACUUGCGUGCAUUCCAUGGAGAAUUUGAUUUAACAGUCAAGGUGAACGGCGCAGUGCGUGAGACGCAGUCAUUCAGUGUCUUGAAGAACGCUGGCCAUGUGACAAUUGAUGUCACCCUGUAAGCACCUUGGUUAGAUAAGGAGCCAUGCUUUUGAUUUGCUUGUAUUUGAUCGGUG